AUGACGCCGCAAUCAGCAAGCAUCGAUGAUAUCCCCGAAUGCCGCUUUCCGCCGGAUAGUGAGCGCGUAGAGUACAAAGACCUGGACUCGGCUCAAAAACAACUAUCGGAGAUUCUGCAUACGGUGAAGCAAGACCCUACCCUCAAAGACAUCAGCCAUCUUGGCAGUGAGGGUAUCUACCACUGUCUCAUAACCGAUCGUCACGUCGUUAACGCAAUUCCCUUGACAAGUCCCCUUAUUAAGGACCUAGUCGGACAACUCCCAUAUAGUGAAGAAUCUGAGAAGAAGUUUCACGGGGUCAAUGGGACGAGGAGCGGAUCAAAGAAAGCGCGAUCUGCCUUGUGA